GGUAAUCCAGUUGGCCAAGUUUCUGUGGGAACCCAGCAGGUCAAGAUUAUGUUUGACACCGGAGGUUUUACCCGUUGGCUUCCUUCCAGUGCAUCGCAAGAUGAAAAAUUUGAAGGCAAAACCAAAUACGACAUAAACUCUCCAACGCGAACAUCCUUGAACAAAGCUUACGAAACUGCUUACGGCGGAGACUAUCAUGAAGGUAAUGUUGUGGCCGAUGAGCUUGUGAUUCAGGGACAUUGCGUACCAGAGUUUAUUUUCGUCGAAAUGGCAAGGAUUGCAGGUUCCGUUGACAAACGUGAAGGCUACGACGGAGUGUUUGGGAUGAAACGUCCCAAAAAAACCCACAUGGCAUGGGAAUUUUUUAAUACCACGUUGAUUGAUUAUCUCGUGAGCGCUGACAUCGUACAAGAUGGUCGUUUUACAUUCCGUUUUUGUGGUCAACCGGGUGUGCGCGGAGUUUCAUGGUUCGAGCGAGGCGACCUAGUCUUUGGAGGCAUAAUGGCAGAUCAUCACCAUAUGCCAAUUGUUUAUCUUCCAGUUUUUGAAUCAAAACUGUGGACCAUUUACGCUGACAGCAUAAGUUAUGGCAACAUAAUUCUGUGUGCUCCCUGUCGCAUAGCUGUGGAUACCGGGUCACCGGUAACCUAUGCACCAACACGAUCCUCCCAGAUACUCCUAAAAAACUCCGUCAUAGAAGAGUAUGCUAACGGGAUACUCCAUGUUGAACCACGAAACCUGCCGUACGUACGCGAAAUAACAGUGACUUUGCGCUCUCAAAUAUUUACGUUGCCACCGGCGGAACUACUGAGAUAUAAGAGCGAGGUUCAUGUUUACGGGAUUCAACUUGAGCCCGACGUUAGAAAGAAAGAAUGGAUUUUUGGAAUUUCGUUCCUGCGGCGUUUUCUUACCAUUUUUGAUCAGCAAAAUAAUCAGAUGGGAUUUGCCUCGGUGAAGUGCUGA